GGGAGGGCGGCGGAGGCCUCGGAGUCGGAGUCGGAACGCGGCGCGGGGUCGCGCCUGGGUCCCGGGCGCCAGGCCUCUGGCCAGGGCAGUCGCGGGUCUCCGUGCAGCGCCGCCCCUCGGGCUGGGGAACUUGUCCCGCGCGCCUCGCCUGCAGCCGCCUGCGCCUCCUCGGCCGCGCCGCCCCCGUCUCCGGUCGCGGCCGCGCGGCUCUGGCUUACAAAGGAGGGAAAAUGCGGCGGGCAGCGGCGCAGCGCGGGGGCCCCCGGGCGGCGGGGAUCGCGGCCGCCCCCGGCACCACGUAAGACGCCCCCGCGCGCCCAGCCUCGGCCCAGGCCCGAGCCCCGCAGGCAGGCGAGCGCUGCGCGUCGCCCGCGGCCCGCGAGGAGGCGGAGGAGCAGGACGAGGCGCCGCCUUCCCCGCGCCGCGCGCCCUCGCCCGCCGUUGUCUGCGCUGCGCUGCGCUGGACCAGUUUCGCGAAGUUGCCCGGGCCCCGCGUCGCCCAGAUGUGCGACCUCAUUGAACCGCAGCCGGCCGAGAAGAUCGGCAAGAUGAAGAAGUUGAGGAGAACUUUGUCCGAGAGUUUCAGCCGCAUCGCUCUGAAGAAAGACGACACCACCUUUGAUGAGAUAUGUGUCACAAAGAUGUCUACACGGAACUGCCAGGGAAUGGAUUCAGUGAUCAAGCACCUGGACACGAUUCCUGAAGAUAAAAAAGUCAGGGUUCAGAGGACGCAGAGCACCUUUGACCCAUUCGAGAAACCGGCCAAUCAGGUCAAAAGGGUACACUCAGAGAACAAUGCUUGCAUUAACUUUAAGUCCUCCGCUGCUGGCAAAGAGUCACCUAAAGUCAGGCGGCAUUCCAGCCCCAGCUCGCCAACAAGUCCCAAAUUUGGAAAAGCUGACUCAUACGAAAAACUGGAAAAACUAGGGGAAGGAUCAUAUGCAACAGUAUACAAAGGGAAAAGCAAGGUAAACGGAAAGCUGGUGGCUCUAAAGGUGAUCAGGCUGCAGGAGGAAGAGGGUACGCCUUUCACAGCCAUCAGAGAAGCUUCUCUGCUGAAAGGAUUAAAGCAUGCAAACAUCGUGCUUCUUCAUGACAUCAUCCACACCAAGGAAACACUGACACUUGUCUUUGAAUAUGUGCACACUGAUUUAUGUCAGUACAUGGACAAGCACCCUGGAGGACUCCAUCCAGAUAAUGUGAAGUUGUUUUUAUUUCAGUUGCUGCGAGGGCUGUCUUACAUCCACCAGCGUUAUAUUUUGCACAGAGACCUGAAACCGCAGAACCUUCUCAUCAGUGACACGGGGGAGUUGAAGCUGGCAGAUUUCGGUCUGGCAAGAGCAAAAUCCGUCCCUAGCCACACGUACUCCAAUGAAGUGGUUACCUUGUGGUACAGACCUCCAGACGUUCUCCUGGGCUCUACAGAGUACUCCACCUGCCUGGACAUGUGGGGAGUCGGCUGUAUCUUUGUUGAGAUGAUCCAAGGAGUCGCUGCAUUUCCAGGAAUGAAAGACAUUCAGGAUCAACUUGAACGGAUAUUUCUGGUUCUUGGAACACCAAACGAGGACACGUGGCCUGGAGUUCAUUCUUUACCACAUUUUAAGCCAGAACGAUUUACCGUGUACAGCUCUAAAAGCCUUAGACAAGCAUGGAAUAAGCUCAGCUAUGUAAAUCACGCCGAGGACCUGGCCUCCAAGCUUCUACAGUGUUCCCCAAAGAACAGGCUGUCAGCACAGGCCGCCUUGAGCCACGAGUAUUUCAGCGAUCUGCCCCCGCGGCUAUGGGAGCUGACCGAUAUGUCUUCUAUUUUUACUGUCCCAAAUGUGAGAUUGCAACCCGAAGCUGGAGAGAGCAUGAGGGCCUUUGGAAAAAACAAUAGUUACGGGAAAAGUCUAUCGAACAGCAAGCACUGACGAGCCCAGCAUCCUCGGGAGAGCACAGGAUUAAGUCGUCAUCAUUCUGGGAAGAAAAAGAGGAAGAAGAAAAAUAAAUAAAUAAAUAAAUACAUAAAUAAAUAAAUAAAUACCACUAAUAAAGUGGUCACCCGUGCAAGGGAUCCCUGGAUCGGUUCUCUUCUGCUCCCUGCAGUGGAUUUCACUGACAGGAAAACUGAAGCUGGAAGACCCCGUUUCCUCUGCAGUUCAUUUAAAACCUUGCACGCAUUUGGAUACCUUGUGAUUUCCAAGAACGUACGUGAAGAUUAAGCUUCGCUUACUGAUACGUGGCAUGUAUCCCUUUCGGUCUUUUGUGUCUGAUUCCGUUUGAUUUCCCCCUGCCACACAGUGUCUCUUGUGAAGGGUUUUCCUGCUUUCAGCAGCCUCGUCUUAAAUACAUGAAGACAGCACAUUUGCUGUCCACAUUUCCUCCAUCGUGUCUGCACUUGAAAGCCACACGGUGGCAGGAAACAGUGCGUGUGUUUUCCCCGAGAGCGGAGUGCAUUCUGCAACCACCAGGAAGGACAUUCUUUCUGCUAAAACAAACCCCAUGUUUUCUGACGGACUAGACAGCAUGUUCCCAGGCAGCAGGGCCCUACCUGUCGCUUGCCUUGGAGGACGUUUGGAAACGUGAGGUUUUUUUUUUUCUUUUCUUUUAUCCUUGGAAAUGAGCACAUAGGAGACCAAAAUCCACUUAACAUUUCAAUAGCAUGACUGUUUCUGAGCAGGUCUUAGGUAGAGAGACAAGUACCGAAAACAAAGACAGGGUGAAUGAAGGUUGAUAAUUAUUAUUUUUUUAAGCCUGUAGAAAGCAAGGCAACUUUUUACAUGUGUUCUGGGUCUUGUCAACAUCUUCCUUUUUUCCAUCAACUCUGUAUUAUUAAACUGUUAUACUCUGUAUUUUUUUAACUGGAGAAAAUAGUAAGGAAUAGCAUUCUUAAAACUUGGGUGCAAAGAAAAAAAAGAGUCUGUCAGGAUAGGUCCCGAAAGCAGUCUUGGCUGAUUAAAGCUUAAAAAUCAAAUUUAAAAAUUAUCCAGAGUUAAAAAUUUGCUUGCUUAUGGCGAAGGACCUUUGAUUGUUCAGAAACAUUCCAAGCUAUCCAGAAGGCAUCACCGGAUAUGGACUUUAAACGAGUCUUCAGUAGCAACUGUUCAAAGGCAGAUCUUAUAAGCAAUGCAGGAGUUUUGCUUAAAGAAUAAAAAUGGCAAAGCAAGGCCCUUGUUUUAAGGACCUCUGGGACCUUGCACGUUUAGGGCAAGUCUGUGCCACUGGGAGAGAGGGAUGCCCUAGCAUACAUUGACCAUUGGUCUGAGGCAGCUGCCCAGUGCCCGCUACUACCACAGGCAGCCUCACUGCUGAAUCCCAGGAAAGCGGGCCCAAGGAGCAGGUAGGCAGCUUCAUGUGAAGUAUGCCCUUUGCUCCUCCUGACACAAAUCCCCAUGGAAAUGCAAUGCAUCUGUGUACAGUGGUCUGUGUUUUAUUCUUCCCAAGAAAGAGGAGAAGCUACAAGCUGGAAACGUUGCACACAAUUUUAGGAUCAGGACUAAAAAUCACAAUGCAGUUUCACAAGGGUUUUCUGAUUCUCCAAUGGGGAAGAAGCUUCCUUGUAGUCAAAUCCAGUGCAUCCUGGGAAGUAGAUCGAGGUUCCAGGAAGUAGAUUAAACUUUCAAAGGCAUCGGGUCUGAGUAAGAGGUGUAACUGAUCCCCCAGCCUAUCAGAGGGGUCACUCAGUGUGAUGUCACAAACGCUAAACAAGGAACUCCUUUCAGAAUGGUUUGAAAGAAAGCAAAGGACACCCAAGGUGACAGUGUUUACUCUUCACUACCUGGGAAUCCUUUCUCGUUCCUCUUUUGUACAUUCCUUCCACGGGAAGUCUUUGCAGGGAUUUUGAUUUAAAGUAUAGUUAAAUUGGGAGUUCUUUAAGUGGGGAGAAAACUUUAUGUGUAAUUAAGAACAGCCUCCCCUGUGAUUUGAAUCGUCCAUUCAUCUGGGGGCAGGGAAGAGGUUGUGUUUGGAUUUCACUAAGUGUAAGUCAGGAGCUCCAUACUAAUGUCGAAAGGUUUCAAUAAGAACAUAAAGGCAGCUAGAGGUCCAGGCCCUUGUCUAGACAGCUUCUCCUGGGAAGUAAGACAUAACACUGCUCGGUGUGGGGUCUGCCUUUCGACAGGCACGCCUCUCAGGUUUAAAGGGUUUCAGUUUCCUGUCCUUGUCAUCAAGGAAGGAAAUCCAAAGUGUCUGACCCUCCCCCUCCACCCAACAUGGUCACAGCCCCCUUCCCUGGCUUUACUCUCCUUGCCUCUCUAAGGGCGUCAUGAAAAUCAGUGCAGACUUUGUUCGUUACCACGUCCUUGUACCGUUGAGAGAGCACUGGAAUGUUUGGUGAGAUUAUUUUUCUAUGAAGCUUGAGUUUGGACAGCUGCUAAGAAUAGCACCAAUACCUUGGCACAGCAAUUGUAUCAAAGCAACCUCACUGCACACAGUAUUUGGAAAGGAAGCAUGGGACUUAGUUUCCAUCUUCUUAAGGGGAACCGUUUAAUUAAUUAAGAAAUACAACACUACAUAGGACAGGAAAAUGUGUUUGCUGUAAAAUUAGAAGUAUGAGGCAGGGGCAGCUAUCUGCCCACCAUGCAAGGAUGAACACCUGUUUCUAGCUCUCGAGUGACUAAAGGUUUCCAAGGGAGUCAGUGGGACUGUGGGAAACCAGGGCCUCUUGGUACCCUCUCCUCAGUGUGUGUGACACCCACCGUAAUCAGUACUCUAUGUAUGCAUCCGUAGCAGACACUCAUCUGUGAAUAUCGCUGGGUUUGUAAUCUUUUGUUCUGUAAGAAGAUGUUUAGGCUGUACAUACUGGGGUAGACCAUUGCCUGCCCCUCUACAUAGAAAUAUGCUGCAUAAUUGUGCAUAACUUCCUUCUCCGUUGCUGGCUUAUAGACAGAGGAAACUGAAGGCUACCAUACGGUUUCCUCGUAUACCAGACUGAAAACUCUUAAAUCUCAAAUGAAGUAAGCAAGUUCCUAGUCUCACUGCCCCCUUUCACAGCAGCAUAAAUUAGAGGCACAUUUAAAAGGGAAAAAAAAAUCUUUGUUUUGUAAGUGGGCUUUCGGUUUUUUCUUGUUUCUUUUUCUUCCUCCCCUCCUCCCCCACGGGUUUAUACAAUGCGCUGAGAUGUGUACCUUUUAAUGGGGUUAGAACCGCAGAGACUCAUCGUGCUUCAGCACAGCACAUAGCCAGGAGAAUGGAAUACUACAUGUUGCAUACGUGUUGCCAAUUGUAAUUUGUCUGUACUACGAAGGAUGUAAUGGUUUGUCAGCUGCCAUUGUUGUUUUCUGUAACAUGAUAUGGAAUAAAGUAUAGCCGAAUCUGCAUAUA